AUGAAGCCAACUUCUGACACGCGAAAGCCCUAUGGUGGCUCCUCGCGUGCACUAAUCAUCGCUCUUGACGUCGGAACCACUUUCAGUGGUGUAUCGUAUGCCCUACUCGAACCAGGCGAAGUCCCAAAAAUCCACGGCGUCACUCGUUUCCCUGGUCAAGAACAUGUGGCUGGCAAUUCCAAGAUUCCCUCUGUCAUGUAUUACGAUAAGCAUGGCAGAGUCAUGGCUGCUGGCGCUGAGGCAGACAAUGCUUCCAUAAUAAGCCAGGCUGAGGACGAGGAAUGGAUCAAAACGGAACUCUUCAAGCUUCGCCUCCGGCCGAAGAGUAUGAAAUUGAAAAUGAAUGGGAUGCGUCUGAGUCCGCUGCCACGACAUAAAACUUCCGUUGAUGUUUUUGGAGAUUUCCUUGCCUAUCUCUUUCGCUGCACGAAGAGUUUUAUCAUAGACACACAUGCUAACGGCCAGACCCUGUGGCACCAUGUCGAAUCCAGCAUCGAGUUCGUGCUGAGCCAUCCCAACGGCUGGGAAGGUGCUCAGCAGACGAAGAUGCGACGCGCUGCUGUGUAUGGGGGUUUGAUUCCUGAUAUGGAUGAAGGCCGAGCGCGAAUUCGUUUCGUCACGGAAGGAGAAGCUAGUCUUCAUGCGUGUGUCCAGAGCGGUCUUGCUGCCGAUAAUCCGUCUAGGCACGGAUUCCUUGUAGCUGAUGCGGGCGGCGGCACGCUUGAUAUCAGUUCCUAUGCAGUCCGAGGGACCAAUCCCCUGGUAAUCGAAGAGGUGGCUCCUCCCGAUUGUAUAUUUGCUGGAUCUGUCUUCGUCAGCCGAAGGGCAAGGGAGUUUUUGGAAGAGAAGCUCAAAGGUUCGAAGUACGGCACUUCCGAUUCGAUUGACCACAUCACCAAACGCUUCGAUGAGACCACUAAACGGCUAUUCCGAGACAAAAAGGAUUUACAAUUCGUUCCAUUCGGAUCUCCACUUGACAAAGAUCUUUCAGUUGGCAUCCGCGGAGGCCAGUUGAAACUUGAUGGUGCGCAGGUGGCAGAGUUCUUCGAGCCUUCUGUCCAGGCGGCGAUCACGUCGAUCAAAGCCCAGGUUGACGCAUCGCAAGGGAUGAUCAAAUCCGUCUGGUUGGUGGGAGGAUUUGCGGCCAGCCCGUGGCUCUUUAGUCAAUUACAGGAACGCCUCGCUCCACUGAAGAUCACUGUGAGCAGACCGGACAGCCAGACUUCAAAAGCUGUGGCUGAUGGUGCACUUGGCUUCUACUGCGAUCAUCAUGUUUCGGCCCGGAUGUCGAAAUUCAUGUAUGGGGUGGAGUACCUGCGUGAGUACGAUCCCAACGAUCCGGAGCACCAGUCUCGGAAAGAUCGACUUUGCGAACUUCCAUCUGGUCCUCGGCUUCUGCCCGAUGCGUUUGACUGUAUUCUUGCUCGAUGUGUGAAGGUUAAGGAAUCUACAGUGUUCUCGCGGAAGUAUUGCACGGAACUUACCAAUCUGUCUACCCUUUCUGUGUUCGAGGUAGAGAUAUGGUGCUAUAGAGGUGGUGACACGAUUCCGCAGUGGAUUCUACGCCAUGCAGAGGACUAUUCGACAUUGUGUGUAGUCCGCGCAGACCUGUCGCUCCUCAGCGGAAGUGCAGAGCCUAAACAAGGCAAGAAUGGCAAGACAUACUGGACGAUCGUGUUUAGCGUCGAGAUUCACUUUGGUCUCACCGAGUUCAAAGCGCGCAUAAAAUGGAAUGAUAACGUGAGUGAUUUCCAUGUAUUUUUCUUACGUGUGCUAAGUUGGUUGUAA